GCUUGAGGGCGGUAUAACAAUUUUACGGUCGACAUGACAUGCAUGGGGAACUUUUGUGUCAUGUGUGUUUACCAAACUAAUGGAAAAUGUCAGCUUUAGACACGACAACGGGUCAUCAACUCACUGAAUAUGAGAAUCAGAUGUUUCUGGAGAUCUUUGGUGAAGAUGGCUUGAUGCUACUGGCGAGGGGUUUAGGCAUUGACCGGAUUGCCCUGCACCUGCUGAAGCUGUACAGCGAUCCAGGCAACCUCGUCCUUGUCCUCAACGCAAGUUCAUCAGAAGAGGAAUACUACAUUGAAGAGUUGGAGAAAAGGGGUGUGUCCACACUACCCAAGGUCAUCAACAAUGAAUACAGCACGAGUGAGAGGAAAGACGUUUAUCUUCAAGGUGGGGUUCUCUUUGUCACCUCCAGAAUUCUGGUCGUGGACAUGCUGACUGACCGACUACCCAUUGCUUUAGUCUCUGGAGUGCUGGUUUUCAAAGCACACAAGUAAGAACAGAUUUUAAAAAGCACAAAGAUUGAGAAAUGUACAGCACCACAAUAUCAAUAUCCAGACUUGAGAC